AUGGCCCUACGGCUCGCCCAAUCCAAGGUCUUCUACUCUACUUCUUCCUUUCCCCGGUGUGACCCUGUUUCUGAAUCUGCAGCUGCGAGCGACUGCUGCAAUGCAUCUGGCAAGGCGUGGACUGGCGCGUGUGAUUUGCAACGUGCCGGCUUCUUUCAGGGCAAAUGCAGCUACCGGCGCAGGUACCUCUCCGUCGCUCGCACGCUGUUCGGUAGCAUUGUUCGUCGCCUGUACUCUGGUGCCGCUUCUCGUCUCAGAGACCUCAACAGAAUGGGCCUGCACUCUGGUGCCGCUUCUUGUCUCACACACCUGAACAGAAGGGGCCUGCACUCUGGCGCCGCUUCUCGUCUCACACACCUGAACAGAAGAGGCCUGCACUCUGGCGCCGCUUCUCGUCUCACAGACCUCAACAGCAGUGAUCUAGAAAGAGUUAUAUACAACUUCGAAAGCCAGCCUUCGAUGCAUUCCAAACCUUCAGCUCUCUCAGAGUAUGUAAAGGCCCUCGUCAGCCUCGAGAUGAGAACUCAAGGGGUGGAGGGCAUCCAGCUCCUGUCGAAGGAUGGUGCUCUGGGCACAGCUACUGCACCGCUCCACAUGGUUACAAUGGAGAAGGGCAAGAUAUGGAAACUGCUAUGGCCCACCUUCGGGACCAUCGCUGCUGCCGGCCUAGCUACUGGCCUUGCGACCUAUGGCGGCAAGGCUCUUGGUGACAAGGUGUCUGAGAAGGUAAUUGAGGCUGCUGAUCAGGGCCUUGUAGUCUUUGCCGGCAAGAUUCCGGCUGAGCUCUUGGGCGAUACGGUGGUGUCGAAGAAGCUGCAGGUAACCUCGAUCACCACGAAAUUCCGUGAUGUAAAGGGGGCUGACGAAGCCAAAGCUGACCUCGAGGACAUUGCUCACUACCUACGAGAUCCCAAGCGUUUCACGAGCCUUGGUGCCAAGCUUCCAAAGGGCGUUCUGCUUUCUGGUCCACCAGGCACAGGGAAGACCAUGUUGGCGAGGGCGUUGGCCGGGGAAACUGGCGUCCCGUUCUUCGCGUGCAGCGGCAGCGACUUCGAGGACAAGUAUAUCGGUGUUGCCUCUAAAAGAGUGAGGGAGCUCUUUAGUGAAGCAAAGAAGCGCUCCCCUUGCAUAAUAUUCAUCGAUGAAAUCGAUGCCAUUGCUGGUCCUAGAAAUACAGAAGAUCCAAUGUGGAUGAGGCAUACCCUGAACCAGCUGCUUUCUGAGAUGGAUGGCUUCAAGCAGAAUGACGGGGUCAUCGUGAUCGCCGCGACCAACUUCAAGGAGUCGCUAGAUAAAGCCCUCGUCAGGCCUGGGCGUUUUGACCGUCAUGUCCACGUUCCUCUUCCAGAUGUCGAGGGCCGACGCCAGAUCCUCGAGUCUUAUAUCUCAAAGGUGAAAGCCAAGGGUGUGGAUGUGUUGACAAUCGCUACAGGGACACCUGGGCUCUCGGGUGCAGACCUUGCAAACAUGGUGAAUGAGGCCGCCCUCACCGCUGCCAAGGACGGGGCGAAAGCUGUUACGAUGCAUCACCUAGAGUAUGCCAAGGACAGGAUCAUGAUGGGCAGCGAGCGCAAGUCGGCGGUGAUACCUGAUCAUGCCAGGAAGAUGACUGCCUACCAUGAGGGAGGGCACGCUCUUGUUGCUAUCUUCACUGAAGGCGCUGACGCUGUCGAGAAGGCUACCAUUGUUCCCAGGGGGGAUGCUCUUGGCAUGGUGAUGCAGCUGCCGGGGGAAGACGCCGAGUUUGAACUCUCGAGGAAGAAGAUGCUGGCGACUCUAGAUGUCCUGAUGGGCGGGCGGGUGGCCGAGGAGCUUCUAGCCGGAGAAGGCGGGGUCACCACUGGCCCCUCAUCUGAUCUAAGCGGGGCGACUCAGCUGGCGACUGACAUGGUCACCAAGUAUGGCAUGGGCAAGCGGGUGGGCUUUGUUACCUACAGCAAUGGCGGUGAUGCUAGCGGUGGCAAGGCGACGAACAUGAGCGGGCGGAUGUCAGAACUGGUUGACGAGGAGGUGAAAGAAUUACUGGACAAUGCUUACAAGAACGCCAAAGCGGUUCUCACGGAUCGUAGGAAGGAGCUUGAUGCGCUAGCCAACGCCCUCCUGAAGGAUGAGACUCUCACUGGUGACCAGAUCAAGAAACUAGUAACAGGAGGUGGAAGUAAAUGGUUUUGA